GGGCUAUAUUUUGUACGUAGCCAUUGAACAGAAUCGACGUGCGUACGCUACGCCAGACAUCUUACGUUAGUAUCCACAACAAACAUGGCGGACGAUCACACAGACGCAGAUCACUCCAUGGAGGGACACACUCCUGUGUCUGAGAACCCUCAUGCAGAGUACCUGACAGAGAACAUCCAGAGGACGCUGGAGAACGAGAAGCCGAGUGCAGAGAAGAUGUCGAAGCAGAAGGUGGACCUGCAGGCCCUGCCGACCCGGGCCUACCUGGACCAGACCGUGGUCCCUAUCCUGCUGCAGGGGCUGUCGCUGCUCGCCAAGGACAGACCUCCUAACCCCAUCGAGUACCUGGCAGCCUUCCUUCUGAAGAACAAGUCCCAGUUUGAGGAGAGGAAUUAAGACUCCUGUGUUUGUUAAUCACGUCUUUGUUUUUUUAAAUCCAGAAUAAACCUGUUGGUGUGUAAA